UGCCGUCGCGUGAACUUUCCAAUCCCUUGACCACUGUUUUGAUUUCGAUUUCUCGCGCUGUUCUUGUGAAGUUUUUAUUUCCAACAACGCGCAAAACACUUGAAUUGUUCUUUCAAAUAUAUAGUUCUACACACUUAUACUUACUUAUAUACGUAUGGACUAUGUGAUGUGCUUACAUACAUAUUUCAUACGUCAAGAGUUGAUAGGGCGCGAAACAUGUGUCACCGCAGUUAAGAACAAAUUAUCUCUAGCACGUAUUUGAAAACAUAAGUCAAAGGACUGCCAUUCGCGUGACUCGAUGAACGAUCCAGAACUGAAGAAACGAUCCUCGUGGAAGACGAUGAAGGACACGUGGUUCCCGCGGGACGAGACGUAACGGUUGUUAUGUCCGAGUGCUUGGGGUUCACCACAUCUAUGACAGGAUCGACAAAUUCGGGGCCUCUGCAGCCCCAUAACGAUUCUUUACCGCUAUCUCUACGAUCCGCGCCUUUUGACCUCUACCCGACAUCGGAAAGCCCCGUGUUGAAAGGUCAUCGUCAGGGAUCCUCUAGAAAGAUGACACUGACCUCAGCGAAUGGGCAACCUAUACAACUCACUCCCCUCUGGGAACAUGUGGUGCGCACUCGGAAAUUUCCGAGCGAGGUGGAUAGUCGGUUAACAUUCUUGGAGAUAUCUGAAAGAUUGCGCGAUCCGGAAUGGGAAGUGCGUCAGCACGCUCUGCGUGUGCUGAUAGACGUGUUACCGACUUUGAAUGCUGACACCAUUGACAAAAUCAUGCAACCAGUGAUAUCAGAACUGGUAAAUAAUUUGGGCCAUCCUGCACCUGCUGUUCGGAAGGGUGUCUUAGACGCUUUCCGAGUGCUUCUCAUUCAUAGCCGCAAUAGAGAAAACAUCAUAAAAGACAUUCUUCGAGAUGGCUUAAAUCGUUCGGAAGUGCGAGACUCCUUUCAGACCAACGUGACCACCGGUGUCAUUUUGAGUGUGCCAUCGCUCCUGUUUCCAUCGUCCAAUAGCCCAUCGCCAAAUCCUCAGCUAGUCAAAGACGCGACCAUAGCUCUGGCCUCUCGUUUAGCUCAGGUACCCCAUCAGGAAGCCGUGCUGAAGUCGCUGAUGAAGAUUCGAGAUGCUGUUGGCGUAGAGGAGUUCGAAAAAUACCUGGAAGAGUAUGACAAUAAGCUGAAGAGGAACAUCGAGAUCCUGUCUAAGAUUUACAACGUGAAAUCCAGUGGUAAAACUCAUACAAGGAGCUCGGAUACUAAGGGCGUGGAAAGAACUAGUAAAAAAGAGUCGGACAAUAAAUGGGAAAGCGAUAGCGAUACUUCCGGCAUCGUUGAAGAAGAGGACGAGGUGAACAAUGCAACUAUGCCCGCGGCUAGGGUGGUUUUGGAGACGGAGAUUAAGUUUAACGAAGAGACGGCAAUCACUAUGACCAUCCUCGAGGAGAAAGAAGAUAGUGAACAGGAACGAGAAGAAAAAGAAAGUGAAGGCAAUGUGAAAGACGAAACCGAUGAUCCUGAGAGGAGGAAGACACCUAGGAGAGUUCACUUCGGGGGUGAAAUAGUUAAGCUAAGGACUCCGGACAGCGAUGAUACUGAAUCUCUGGAAACAGCUCCUAAGACCAGAAUCCCGUUGCCUGUUUCGCCUGCUACUAAAAUGCCUAACACCCGACCAAGGCCUUCUUCUCAGCCUUGUAGUCCGAACAAGAAGCCUGGGAAGUUUCGAAGGGCCAGAUCCGUUUCCAAUAGUCCUAAGAGAGAGAUAUACACUCAUAACGCGGAAUUAAGCCCGAAAAAAAGUAUAUUGACGAGGACUGGUAGUCCGCAGCUGGCUAGCAAGACUGAUGAGCAAUCUAAGAAAAAGAAAACCGAGAAACAAGAGGAAAAGGAUAAUAAAGAGGCUAUGAAGGACGAUAAAAAUGUGAAAAUUAUUAAAAUUGACGAAACGAUAAGGGAAGCUCGGAAAGAAGAAAUCAAGUUAGUUCAAAGUGGUCGAAGUAUCGAUACUUUCGUUUCGAACGUUGACGAUGGAUCCAAGAGUUUAGAAAAUGCAGACUUAUUGAAGAAUGAAAAGCAGGACAUACCCCGAAUUGGCUCGGCAAAAGCCAAUAACUACAUGGUUCAAAUAAAAACGGAGGAACAUAAAAUUACGGAGAGUGACCCGGGGAAAAAUGCAGAAGAAAGACGGAAAUUGUUUAAAGGUGAUCGAAAACUCGACGCUUUCUUCGGUUCUACUGUGAGGAACGACGACGCAGAUCAAAUUUCUGCGUUCGUAAACGAAAACGUGCACGAGAAUGAAAUUGUACAAAAAGAUCCAUCGAAGUUAAGUGCAACGGGCAAGUUGAGAAAUUAUAAUAGUGAUGGUUGUGAGUCGUUGAAAAACGUCGACAGCGAACGUUCGUUCAUAAGUGACUGUGAUAAAAGGAACACAGUUGAAAUCGAAAAAAAUGGGAGCGCUGAUGGCGAGAUGGAAUGUAUGCCGACGGAACCCAAUUGGGAGGAAUUGGGUCUUGUCGACCGGGAAGUAUUGGAGGAUUUACACAACAAAGUAAGUUUGUCGUUAAUAUAUUUUAAUUCUUUAUAAAUGUUUGAUACAUUGCCUGAAUCAGACGUACAAAACAGGAAAUUACGUUUGAACUUCCUAGAAAUUGAUUCAGGUCGAAAUCUUGACUCUCAUAGAGGCCACUUAAACUAAUCGAUGUCGAACAAGAAAGGCACUCAGCGUUAGUUUAUUGCUCAUUUACGUAGCUUUCAACGUUAAUAGAUUCUAUUCUGAAUUUUUCAUCGAUUCAUGUAUCGUGUGUACAUGUACAGUUUUCGUUUGUAACGCUAAGCUGAGUAAAGAUUCCGAGAAGAAAAGUGAAAAGAGACGGAACGUCGAGAGGUCGAUACACGCACGGGUGAUUCUAAUUGAUGGAGUUUAAAUCACGUUACGCCACGCGACGAACUUUUGCCUAGGAAAUCGAUUGACCUACUUCGUUGCAAUAUAUCAGAACGAUCUGUCCUAAAGUUGAAACUUCCUUUUUCGCUCCGCUCGCAUUAAUUAACGAUCGGUUACGAAAAAUUAACGCGCUUGAUAACAAGUCGGUUUUAACAACACGCUGUACAUACUAUACAUACAUAUGUAUACAUAUACAGAUCAAUCAUUGCCAUUU